AUGGAUGCAAAACCCACAGAAUACGCCCCGAUAACUCUUCCUACUAUCGAUCUUUCUCUACUCUCAUCUUCGAAACAAUCUACUCUCCUCGACUCUUUAUCUACUGCGGCGUCGACUUAUGGGGCAUUCUACGUUACUGCUCCAUCAUUCACGUUAUCUGACGAACGAGCGAUUAUUAGUGCAACGAAGGAAGUCUUCUCCCUGCCUAAAGAAGUUAAGGAAAGCGCGUAUUACAGAAAUGGAGGGUUCGUUAGAGGAUAUAUUCCUAUAGGUGGAGAAUCUGGAUCCGAAAGAAUGGAAAUGAAAGAAGCAUUUUCGUAUGGAUAUGAUUGGGAUAAAUGUGACCUCCCUCCCUCAGUCCUUUCUCCAUUCUCCAAUUCGUUGGAAGGACAUAAUCAAUGGGGACAAUUGGUUGAUAUACUAGGCGUUAAAUGGAAAAAUGUGUUGAUUGACUAUUAUGCUAAAAUGAUGCAGAUAACAAAAGAUUGCAUUAAAGCGUUGGAAAUGGCAAUUGGAAGAGAUAUACAGCAAACAGACAAAAGCGGAGAAACUAUAUCGAUGAUAAGAUUAUUUCAUUAUUUUCCUCAUAUGAACGACGGGAAUAUGACUGGCAGUUCACCACAUACGGACUGGGGUCUUCUAACUCUCGUGCUCCAACCCGACUCUCCUCGCGGUCUUCAGAUUUAUUAUGAUAAUCAAUGGUGGGAUGUUCCCCCUAAACCAGGCUCCUUUAUAGUUAACUGCGGCGAUUAUUUGUCACUAAUGACGGGUGGAGCGGUUGUCUCUCCAUUACAUCGCGUGGUGAGCGAUGGUGAGUCAGAGAGAUAUUCAUUGGUAUUUUUCUAUUAUCCUCAUUAUGACACGUGUCUUCCGAGCGGGCAGGAAAAUAAUCUUGGGUUGAGUUUGUUGAUGGAUCAGAGCGUGAAGCAUGACAAGACUGAAGAUCAAACAAAGAAUGGGACUGAAGACGUUACAUUUGGAGAGUACAUUAAUCGUAAAUGGAAUCAAGUCGCAAGAGGAGACUAUGUUCAGUAA